CUAGGCUCAUCGUUGCUCAAAAAAGAUACGAAAUGUACGACGAGGUACAAGUCCAUGGUUAAAGUGACCCUAGCAUCCGGGAGCGAAAAUGAAUGACCAUUCGACUUCGAGCUCCAACAGUCCACCAUCAAUACAGUGCAAGCCUUCUCCCAGUGGUGGAACUGCUAUACACAGAAUCUCACCUACAACCUGGUUUACUACUGAGAUUCAAGCUAUGAUGUACAGCCUUGGAGACUGUCAGAAACCUGUCCCCGAAUCAGCGAGUGUGAUCGAAGACAUUGUUCAUCGACAGAUGAUUGCUCUUCUGCUCAAAGCAUGUGAUGUUGCCAUGCUGAGAGGGAGCAAAUCAAUUGGUAUCGAAGAUAUCAUAUUCCUUCUACGAAAAAACAAGGUUAAGCUUCAGCGUCUUAUUCAGCACCUAGCAGUCAAAGACUUAAAGUCAGCAGCUCUAAAAGGAACCAGUUUGGAAGGAGAAGAUGAUUUGAAAUCCGAUGUCAAGUCAAUCGCUGCAGGAGUGAAAAAAAACAAAAGGCAGAUUUGCUAUGAGUUUUUAUCCAGCAUUGACAAUACAGGUGAAUUGUUGGAGCUAUUCGUAGAGGAUGAGUUUGAUGCUGUGAAACAGUCAAGAAAUAUUAGGAUGGAUCACAUGUCACGCUACAUGGACAGCGCACAGUAUUUACAGUUCUGUCUAGCGAGACAGGCAGGCUUCACAGGUAGAAAGUACAGGAUAAACAAGUUCAGAGACUGGUUGAUGCAAAGCAUUGGAGAUUCCUUAGAAGUGACACCUAAUGCCCUCGCACUCGACAUCAUUGGCUACCUGGCAUACGAAACUGUUGCUGAGAUAGUCGAUCUAUCGCUGAUAGUGAAGAGAGAUUUGGCAGCUCAGUUUUCUGACCCGGUGUCUCGCAAUUGUCCCGUCAGUGGACCUUCACAUGAUGCCUUCUCCCUGCAACAGGGGGCACCACUGGUCAGUCCCACCUCAGGAUCAUGGCCACCAUCGCCUGGUGGUAAUCAGCAGAGUCCACCAUCUAGUCCGACAUCCCCGGCUAUGCUGUCGCCAGGUCUAACGAGCACUGGUUCGCCUGGUUUCACAGCAAAGUCAAGAAACAAGAAACGAAAAGGGAGCGGGAGUCACCCGGCUCUGGAAUGCCAAGCAAACUCGGCGAUCCUUCCGGGCGAGAUACGAGAAGCCAUGCGAAGGUUCGGUGAGCAGGUCGGCCCAUUCUCGCAGUUCCUGAGACCUUAUUCGGUUAAGCCAGGCAGCAAGCUACUUUGUACGUGAGAGAGUUGUCGGACGUCAUCAAUCUAGCGUCGCCGACCGGAUACAAGGAGGAACAGAAACUGUGCUGCCAUCUGUUGUUAACGACUGGUAGUGAAGGAUCUAUGGCUGGGAGUUACUGCUUAUAUUACGAGCAAGUCUUGUAAACUUGAUCAAGCAUGCAGUGAAUGUGAAUUUUUUUCAUUCAUUACCGGUGAAACGUCACUUUAUAUUUGUAAAUUGGAUGGAUAGACUAUGACAUUACUAUUCUAUGUGCAGUCAAUCAUGUUACCCUUUUACCAUUGGUAAAAGGUAUGUAUUCUCUUUCUCUUGAGUUGUGCACUAGCUAUAUGCACCUCUAUAAUUGUAUAUUGCGUGAGCACAACCCCCCCCCCCCCCAUCCCUCCCGGCGGCAGUAGUUCUGCAUGACGGAUCAGAAAAAAUGUGAAGAGUCAUUUGUAAGGAGCGCAUCAACAUGAUUUGUCACGUGUUUAUUUGCGUUGGCAGAGACGUGGAGGCAGUCUAGACGAAUAUAGACACCUGCCACGCGACCGCCUAUAAAGACAAAUGUGUAGCUCUGAGUCUCCAGACGUAGGGCUACAUGUUGUGCUACCACUCUGCUACUGUAGCCCUACGCUGCUGAGCUGCACACCUGUCUACUACUGCGCCUGUAGAUAGAUGACGUUCCGCGGCGAUUGGUCUUAACAGAAGGAUGCCGUGUAUAUCAGUUGGAUCUUUGCCUCCGGCUAGGUUGCGAUGGUAUUUUUGCUCACAUGUGCUGCGCUCUUGUAAAUGGAAUCGUGACCGUAAACAAAUUGAGCUUUGUCGUAUGAUUCACAAGGGUUGAUUGACAGCUAGAGAUGAUAGAUAUUUAUCUAUACCUGUAUAUAUAUAUAUAUAUAUACAGCGGAGAUCACUUUGUAACUCUGCAGAGUGUGGUGAGGGUGAUGUCAUAACGUGGGUCAUAGCAGUGUUGUGACAGCGUUCGACCUUAUAGGCUGCAAUAACCCUUGGCCCCACUCCACACUAUACCAUGCCACAAUGUCUCAUCUUGACAACAUCAUAUUAUUUGCUCCAAGAUGGAACCUUGACUAUAUGUCGGUAAUAGCUUCUGUAAAUAUUUGUGCCAAUUUAGUUUUAAAUGGUUCCUGUAAGGUUGUGUAGAAAUUAGAUUUCAUAACAUCACAACUGAAAAUAAAUGUAUAUAUAUAUA